AUGGCAGGCCAGCUGAUACAUGGCUGGUUAUAUUUCUAUUCACUAGGACUGCGUGGUGGCCUCAAUGAACCAUGUCUUCCCCAGGCUAGGUGCACUGACACACACAGUGUCUGCCACUUACCCACAAAUAUCUGCGAGUGUGAGCAGGACUACUUUCAGAAGUUUGGAAAUUGUGAGUUAAAGCCAGGCCCAGGUGACAGGUGUUUCCCAGGUGACGUGUGUCUGGGGAACAAUUCUCGUUGUCAGGGAGGCAGAUGCAAGUGUGCUGAGGGGUUCCAGGUGGUGGAUGGAAACUGUGAGGAGGGUGGCAAGCUAGGUCUCCAGUGUCUGACAACUCCUGGAGAACCCUGUACUGUGCCACAGGCCGAGUGCUUCAACAACAUUUGUCAGUGCCAGCGGGAGUACUUUGAGAUGAAUGGACAGUGUGUUCCAUUAGGAGAGCUUGGAGAGCCAUGCAGGUCAGUGGCAGGUGUCCAGGUGUGUAAAGAUGGGGAGGCAGAGUGCAGGCUGGGCAGGUGUAGGUGUCAGAGAGAUUUCUACCAGAAGGAAACACCUACUGGCCCUGUAUGUGCCCCCCGUGGAGACCUGAAUGGCCCCUGUACAUCAUCAGGAACCUGUAAUGACAUCUUUGCUCAGUGUCUGAGAGGGACCUGUGUCUGCGUGGAAACACAUUUUGAGAAAAAUGGAAAAUGUGAUCCUAAGAAGCAGCUGUACAGCUCCUGCACUGAGGAAGAUGUGUGUAAAGACGAGAAUGCUGUUUGUCAGAACAACAGAUGUCUUUGUAAAGUGGAUUUCUCACCAAACUCUGACAACAUAUGCAUUUCCAAUGGUCAGAUCUUGACUCCAUGCCUCAGUAACCAGCGGUGUCUGAUCACCAAUGCCGAGUGUGACAGGGAGCUCUGUAUGUGCAAGAAAGGAUACUUUUACAAGAACAAUGUCUGCAGACCAGACAUCCCGUAUGGGUCCAGAUGUGAGCCAGGCGACUCUUGUGCUGGGGAAGAUGUUCUGUGCAGGCGAGGAGAUACUGCUGCCACCUUGUGUCUGUGUAAACCAGACUAUGGCAGAUCUGGAGACCAGUGCAAACCUCUUGGUGAAUUAGGGCAACCAUGUCUGCCAGACAACACUUGCAGAGACAGUCAUGCCAGAUGUAACAGAAUCUGUCAGUGUCAGCAGGACUAUUUUGAGAAAAAUGGACAGUGUGUUGAAAAGAUUCCAUUGAACAACUAUUGCAAGGCUGAAGACAAAGACGAGUGUCUGGACGGGAAUGCAGAGUGUAGAGAGGACGCCUGUAGAUGUAGAAAUGGCUACUUUGAACAGGGAGGCAAAUGCAGAGCCAAGGGCAAGUUGAAUGCCCCAUGUCUAGAAGCAGUCAAAGGAGAAGAGAAAUGCACAGAUGCUAACACACAGUGCAGUCAGGGAAUUUGUUUGUGUUUGAAGAACUCCUACGAGAAACAAGAAGUUUGUGUUCCUCAGCGUCCUUUAGGUGCCCCCUGUACUCCAGCUGAUGUGUGUGAGGACAGGUUUGCACUGUGUAACUCUCAAACUAACACAUGUACCUGUAGACAGGGCUACUUUGAAGAUGACCAGGAGGGGGUCUGUGUGCUGCCUACCAAGGAGGGUUCCCCAGAUGCCAGGUGUCUAUCCCCAGACAUCAGCCCCAGGUGUCUGGAUGCCAACUCUCAGUGUCUACUGGGCAUAUGUCGCUGUAACCAAGGAUACUAUGCCGAGCAGGGGAGAUGCUUGCCCCAGAAGAGUAUUGGUUCCUCCUGUAAACGCAAGGAAGUCUGUCGAGAUGACAAUGCAGACUGUGAAAAUGGAAUUUGUUCCUGCAGUGGCUCCUUCUUUGAGAGGGAUGGAGAGUGCAUCUCCCGUGGCAAGCUAGACACCCCCUGUCUGCCUGACAACGCCUGCUCAGACACCAACACGGCUUGUCUUGCAGGCCUGUGUGAAUGUCUGCGGGGAUACGAAGCUAAAAAUGGCCUCUGUGUCCUACGGGACCCCUCCAAACCUCAGAUCCCUUGUGUCCGUGGCAACCAGUGUGAAGAUCGUAAUGCAAUCUGUAUCAGUGGGAUAUGUGAGUGCCGAGAUGGCUUCUUUUUAAAGCAGGGAAGAUGUAGACCUGAGAUUCCUUUGAAUGGACUGUGUGAACAAAAUGAUGUCUGUGAAGAUGACCACGCCGCCUGCACAGAGGGUGUUUGUCUGUGCAACAGAGAUACACACUUUGAGAAAAAUGAUCAGUGUGUUCCCAAGGGUAAACUACACACUCCAUGUAAAGCUAAUGGUGUGUGUACUGAUGCCAACACAGCCUGUGACAGCAAUAUCUGUGUUUGUACAGAAGACUCCUAUGACAACAAUGGCAUAUGUGUUCCCAAGUCAGAUAUAGGAGAUGAAUGUAAUUCUGAUGAAGGGUGCACAGCCAGCAGUAACCUCAUGUGUAGAAAUAGAAGAUGUGUUUGCAAAAAUGGAUACAUUGAACGCAGUGGAGUCUGCUUCUCUAGAGAUGCAGGUAAUGGAGAUCUUGAUGGUCCCUGCCAGCAGACAGAAGACUGUAGACAGCCAAAUACUGAGUGCAGAGGGGGGAGGAUAUGCAAAUGUCUGCCCUCGCACUUUGAAAAGAAUGGACAGUGUGUGCCUAAGAUCCCAGUGGGUGAAGACUGUGAGCCUGGUGACCUGUGUAACAGCCAGAGGGCGUCGUGUCAAGACGGCACCUGUCAGUGUGACCCUGGCUAUACCAAGGACGGGGACCAGUGUGUUGGUCAGGGAGCACUGGGGAAGGAAUGUCUACCAGGAGCUCUCUGUUCUGAAUCUGGCUCAGUUUGUGAAAAUGGCAUCUGCAUAUGUUCUCCUGACUACUAUGAGAAAAAUGGCAAUUGUGAGAGAAGAGGUCACGGCCCAGGUUCUCCCUGUGGCCAGCCAGGUAAUACAUGUGGUCCUCACGCUGAGUGUAAAUCUGGACUCUGCAGGUGUGAUGACGCUUCUUAUGAGAAAGAUGGAAAUUGCGUACUGAAGCAAGGUCCUGGAGAGGAGUGCAGUGAAAGGGACCCCUGUGUGGAGCCCUACACCUGCCAGGAUGGUCAGUGUAAAGAAGUCCCCCCAGGGCAGGAGGGGACACUGGACCACAGGUGUGCACCAGGGGACGUGUGCUUUGAUGUCCAUGCUGAGUGCAGGCGAGGCAUCUGCAAGUGUGAAACCACUCAUUUCAAUGAUAGGGGGCGCUGUGUAAGAAAGUCUCCAUUGGAUAGCCAGUGUUCUAGAGAUGAAGAAUGUUUGGAUGACAGUGCCGUAUGCUCAGAUGAUGGUCAGUGUAUCUGUGACGAGAACUUUCAUCGCUUAGGAACUACAUGCAUUUUGAAUGGUGCUGUUGAUGGCAAGUGUUUGGCUGGUUUAGCCUGUCUUGACAACAAUGCUGUUUGUAAGGACGACAAAUGUGUUUGCAGGGACGGAUUUUACAAUGAUGGGGGACAAUGUGCUGCCAAGAAAGGACAUCUUGAGGACUGUAGCACAGAUGAUGACUGUCAACUUGAGCACAGUAUGUGUCAUCAGGGUCGCUGUGUCUGUAUGCCAGCUUAUGUAUAUAACACACAGAGACAGCGCUGUGUUCCCCAAGUUACUGAGAGAACCUGUAGGGAGGAUGUGGAGUGCCUGGACCCCAAUGCUGAAUGUGUGCUAGGCACUUGUCAAUGUAAACAGGGCCACAGGCCAGGCCCAACAGGCACAUGUGAUCCUGAGUCAGAUGGCCCCCAAUGUGACAGGGAUGCUGACUGUCCACUAAAUGCCAAGUGUGUGAAUGGCAGGUGUUCAUGUGAUACAGGAUAUAGACUGCAAAAUGGGAGGUGUGUGGAAGUGACAGGGCCAGGGGGUCAGUGUAGCAGUAAUUCUGACUGUCAGGACACUAACUCCUACUGCAGCAGGGGGAGCUGUGUGUGUCUGGACGGAUACUAUGCACUGGGAAAAACAUGUGUUCCCAGUUCUAAUUUGAAUGAAGCCUGUAGCUCCAAUGAGGGUUGUGGAGACAGGAAUGCCGAGUGUGUCAGGGGGAAGUGUCAGUGCAAAGAUGGAUACUAUGACAAAAAUGGAGCCUGUAGUGAGACAUCUGGUGCCAGUGGACCAUGUACCUCAGAUGCAGGCUGUACAAAUGGCAGCUACUGUAGAGGUGGAACCUGUACCUGUCGACCUGAGCAUUACCAGGACGGAGAGGACUGUAAGCUGCAAGUAGGAGACGGGGAACCCUGCAGAACUCCUGACGCCUGCCGUGUGGUGGACUCCCAGUGUACUAGAGGCGUAUGCCAGUGCCCAGAGGGUUAUUAUGCUGACAGUCUCUUCUGCUCAUUGAAGCAACCCUUGGGAGGCCGCUGCCGGACAGACGAGGCCUGUGACUAUGACAAUGCUAAGUGUAUUGGUGGCAGAUGUCGCUGUCCUCAGGGAUUUGAUGCCAAUCGUUUGCUGAAAGCUUGUAGAUUGACAGAGAGCCAGCUUCACCAGCCAUGUCAAACUGAAGCAGACUGUGCUGUUCUGGAAAAUGCUGAAUGUCGUGGCGGCCAGUGUGAAUGUGAUGAUAUGCACUUUGACAAAGAUAAUGAUGGUACCUGUGAUGGCAGCAAAUCUGGUCUCAAUGGAGGGUGUGGAUCAGAUGAAGAAUGUGCCCCAGAAAAUGCUAUCUGUAACAGAGGCCAGUGUAUUUGUAGACAGGGCUUUGUCAACAAUGGACCUUUAUGCAGUCGAAAGGUUGGCCUGGACGAGACUUGUUUGACCAAUGGAGUGUGUGGCACAGACAACUCUUACUGCAAGGACAAUAAGUGUGCCUGUAAGGAGAGAUUCUACAGGGACAGAGACCAGUGCUUACCUCAGACAGUGCUAGGGGGCAGAUGUGUCAGUGAUGAGGCCUGUUUGAAUGAAAACUCUGCUUGCAAAAGUGGGGAAUGUGUCUGCCAGCAAGGCUUCUAUAACAAUAGGGGGCGCUGUGACAAACAAGUUGGAGUAGGUGACUCUUGCAGGUCACCAGAGGCGUGUGUGGACAAUGCUGACUGUAUAGACAAUAGAUGUCAGUGUAAAUCGGGAUACUUUCAAAAUGGAGAACUGUGCACUCAGCAAGGUGGUCAAGGCUCCCAGUGUACUCUUGAUGGUCAGUGUAGAGAGAGGAACAGUGCCUGCAGAGAGGGCAGUUGUCAGUGCAGCAUUGGCUACUACUAUGAUGAGGACCAGUGUGUGCCCCAGUCUGGUUUAACUGGAGACUGUGACUCCAACAAAGCCUGCCUCACAGAGAAUGCAGAGUGCAGGAAUGGCAAGUGUGUCUGCAAGCAGCAAUUCUUUAAGGACCAGCUCAAGUGUGUGUCUAAGAAGCAGCUGGGUGAACCAUGUCCCAGUAAAGAAGCCUGUGACACAGUGAAUUCAGAAUGUAAGGACGGGCAGUGCCAGUGUAGCCCUGGGUUCUACAGAGAUGGACAGACUUGCUACCCCAAGAAGCAGCUGAACUUCCCCUGUGUUCUGGAUGUAGAGUGUUUAGAUGAUGUUGCAGAGUGUAAAGAAGAAAAAUGUCGAUGUGGAGAGGGCUUCAGGGAUGUUGGAGGGUUCUGUGAGGCAGCCCCCACAGAGCCUCCCAAGGUACAAGUGGCUCCCCCUUGUGAGAAUGGAGAACUGUGUGAUGACAAUGAUGGGCAGUGCAUUGAAGGCUCAUGUCUGUGUCAUCCUUCUUAUGAUGUUGCCUCCAGUGAAACUGUCACUGAUGCCUGUACUGCUAAGGGGGAGGUAGGAAGCAGCUGUUUGUUAGGCUGGGCCUGCAGAGACAGGAACUCCAAAUGUAUAGAUGGCGUAUGUGCAUGUAAAAAUGGCUUCUAUAUCAAGAAUGGAGUUUGUGUUCCACAGCCAGAGCUUGGUGAUGCUUGUUCACCAGGUGGCGUAUGUGCUCAUUCCUUGGCAGAGUGCCAGAAUGGACAGUGUCAGUGCAAGCCAUCAUAUCUGAGAGCUGGCAGGACAUGUGGUAAGCGAGGCACCCUGCAGUACCCGUGCCUGGUAGACAGGACGUGUGAUAUAGAGGGCGCUCAGUGUAUUGGAGACCAGUGUGUCUGCGGGGAGGGACGCUACAGCUACCAGGGGAUGUGCAAGCGUAAGGUUCCCCUGGGAGAGAAGUGUACAGAGCAGGAUACGUGUGAGGAUGACCUGUCAGCCUGCACUGAUGGACUGUGUUCAUGUCAGCCAACACACUAUGCUGUCAAUGGGGCAUGUGUGCCUCGCGGUGUCAGAAAUGCUCCAUGUCUCCCAGGUUCCUACUGUUCCUCCUCUGGUCUGUUCUGUAACUAUGGAUUGUGUGUCUGUAGACCAGGAUUCUAUCCAGACAGGACAACCUGCAAGGACAAGAAGCCCUUGGACUUUGACUGUGAAGCAGACGACCAUUGCUCUGAUAUGAACGCCAUCUGCAGGAACAGGAAGUGUGUUUGUAAGGAGGCAUUCACUGAGGUCAACAAAGUCUGUGUGUUGCCUGGUGCCCCAGGGGAGCUGUUCAGAGCCUGUGUUGAUGGAGUGGCUUGUUCUAACAUCAACACCAUGCAGUGCACUCCCUCAGGGGUCUGUGUGUGUAGGAAUGGAUACUAUGCUGAUGGCACUCAGUGUGUUGCCAAGAAGCGUUUGCAGGGACGUUGUAUGUCUGAUGUAGAAUGUGAUGCUGCCAACUCUCACUGUGUCUCAGGUCGCUGCCAGUGUCAACCCCAGACACAUGGGUUUGGGGUGUUUUGUAGUGUGAAAGGUGGGCUGUUUUCCCCCUGUCUGGAUGGAGGCUCCUGUACGGAGGGGUCUCUGCUCUGUCAAGAUGGUCUCUGUCUUUGCCACCCAGACUACUACCCUAAGAAUGGGAGAUGCAUUCCCAAGCAUCCCACUAUGGCUGCUUGCCACUCCACCAAUAGUGACGUCUGCCAGGACCAGAACGCCUUCUGCAAUGGAAUAUGGUGCCAGUGCAAGGAAGGUCACUAUCUGAAAGAAAGAAAGUGUGUGAAAAAGGUAUCACUAGGCAUGAAUUGUGACAGUGGAGAUGCUUGCGAUAAUUUCAAUGCAGAAUGCAUAUCUAAGAAGUGCCAGUGUAGACAGGGCUUCCAACAAAAUGGGGACGUUUGUGAACCUCUAGGAGCUGUGGGCAGUUUAUUUGGCAGUUGUACCAGUGAUUUCAGUGUGGCCCAGUCCUGCUCUGCUCCUAACUCUGUGUGUCUACAGGGCACCUGUGUGUGCAGGGAAAACUACUACUACUCUAAUGGACUCUGUGCUGCCAAGGUUCCCCUGCGAGGCACCUGUGGGGACCAUAAUGCCUGCCUGGACCCCAAUGCUGUGUGUAGGAACAGAAUCUGUACAUGUCAGCUGGGAUACAGACCUGAACAGGGCAUUUGUGUCCCUAUAGGUCUGGUUGGAGACUCUUGCCUGUUUGAACACCAAUGUGUAGACUUGAACUCUCUGUGUGGUAAUGGAGUGUGUAUUUGUCAGUCAACUCACUACCUCCUGGAAAAUGUAUGUGUUCCAAAGCUAGAGCUUAAAACUACCUGCACCCCUGCAGACCAAUGUGCAGACCCCAAUGCAGAUUGCCAAAGAGGAGAAUGUAGCUGUCUGAUUGGAUAUGUGCAACAAGCUCAGAGAUGUGCUCGCCUUGUGCCUGUGAACUCUGCGUGUACCUUGGACGACAUCUGUGAAUCUGAGUUUGCUGCCUGUCAGCAGGGAGUGUGUAAAUGCAGGACGGGGUUUGCUCUCAAUGGGAAUAAGUGUGAGCCUGAGAGCACAUCUGGUAACGAAGGAGAGCUGCUGGGACCAUGUCUACGUAAUGGCGGCUGUACGCCAGAACACACCGUCUGCUCCGAGGAGAAACAGUGUGUGUGCACGCCAGGAUACUUCCAGAAGGAGGGGCAGUGUGUUCCUAAGAUCCCACUGUAUGUCAGGUGUGAUUUCCGUGAUGUGUGCGCAGACGACAAUGCUGUCUGCUCUGAAGGAGUGUGUCUUUGUAAACCUGACAGCUUUGAUAAUGGAGGAUACUGCUUGCCCAAGCUUCCCCUGGGUGCCAGGUGUCCCUAUGACUCCGCCUGUGGCACAGAGAAUGCCGAGUGUGCCAACAGUCAGUGCAGCUGUAGCAAGGAGUACUUUGAGAGGGGAGGACUAUGUGUUAAGAAGAUAGAUGCAGGGAAUCCAUGUGGACAGGAGGAUAUCUGUGUAGACCAAGCCUCCUGUCUAAAUGGGCAGUGUACUUGUAUUAGAGAUCACUUCCCUCUCAAUGGGAUGUGUGAACACGUGGGCAGCCUGUUUUCUCCAUGUCAGCUGGACUCUGAUUGUGCAGAGAACAACACUGCUUGUAAUGCUGCAGGGAUCUGUGAAUGUUCUCUAGGAUUUUAUCCCUCUAAUAGGCAAUGCUUGGAGCAGAUUCAGCCUGGUGACCAGUGCAGUACAGACUCAGAGUGUGUGAAUGAUGCCUCAUGUAUUGGAGGACUCUGCGUCUGCACUGGAAACCUUAUCCCAGCAGACGGACAUUGUGUGCGUCCAGGCAGCCUUCACGUGGCAUGUGGUCCAGGUGGCACAUGUCUGACCAGGAAUGCCGAGUGUCAAGGAGACGGAGUGUGUCGCUGCCCUGCUGAUUACUUUGAAAAGAAUGGAGGAUGUGUUCCCAAGCAGAUGGCAGGAUCAAGUUGUACAGAUGAGGACGUAUGCAUAGAUGGCGCUCUGUGUACUAAUGGCAUCUGCAUGUGCAGGACUGAACUCAGUUAUGUCAACAUUAAUGGGCGCUGUGUCCAGCGAGGCAAUCUGGGUGCGCCAUGUCUGCCCAACCAGGCCUGCACAGUGCCCAACUCUCAGUGUAAUGAUCAGAAUAUCUGUCAGUGUCAGACUGGCUUCCACAGGAAGGGGAAUACAUGUGACCAAAAAUUGCCAGCUGAAGACAUCUGUCUGGUUGGGGUGGAUAUUUGCACUGACCAUGCUGAUUGCAUUGCUGGCAAGUGCUACUGCAGAGACGGAUAUGAAAGCAAGGAUGGACAGUGUGUAAAGCUGGGGACCCUGGAUGCCCAGUGUCUUCCCAAUGGAGCCUGCACUGUGGCCAACACAAUCUGCAACCUGAACAACUUCUGUAUCUGUAAGGCUGAGUUCUAUGGUAGAAAUGGAGUCUGUGUUCCAAAGAUCCGUGCUGGUGAUGUGUGUGGUGGACAGCAGCAGUGUGUUCAGAAUGCCGUCUGCAGUGCUGGCAGAUGUGUCUGUAUCACAGGACAUGAAAAUAUCAACGGUCACUGCACUCGCCGUGGUGCUCCGUCUGCCCCCUGUCUGGCAGGUGCCAUAUGUGCUGUACCUAAUGCAGAGUGCGCCAUAGAUACCAAUAAGUGCCAAUGUGUGGAGGGCUUCUAUGACAAGGGAGGAACUUGUGUGCCCUAUCUGAAGGUUAGUCAGCCCUGUAGUGCAACAGAAGACAGAUGUGUAGAGAAUGCUGUGUGUUCUACUAGAGGGUUCUGUGAGUGCAAGGAAGGCUACCUUGUAGACAGGGACAAUCUGUGCAAUGCUGUUCAGCAAGGUACCCUAGGAGCCAGCUGUCUGCCAGAUGGCACAUGUCACAUUGAGAACACUUGGUGUGACCUUGACCUCAAUGUGUGCAAAUGUCAGCCAGGAUUCUAUGCUAAACUUGGACAGUGUGUUGCAAGAACUGCCAUUGGAGCUUUCUGUGCUAAAGAUGGAGAAUGCAUGGAAAAUGCUCUGUGUACACAGGGGACCUGCAGGUGUCUGGCUGACCAUGUGCUGGUUAGAGGAUUUUGUAUUCUCCCUGGAAUGGCCGGGGCUCCAUGUUUGGCCAAUAAUGAAUGUAUCCCUAGGUUCUCCCAGUGUGUAGCUGGUAUUUGUGACUGUCCCUAUGGGGUGAUUAGAUGGAAUGGCCAUUGUGUGACCAAUGGUUUUGCCCACGGAGCAUGUGUCAGUGGUAGAUGUGCUGCCCAAUACACGCGUUGCCGUGACGACUCCUGUGUCUGCCAGUUUGGUUAUGGUGCCACAGAUGAAACUUGUGUGGGUGUCACACAUGGGGUCCUGGGAGCAUGGUGCCAGCAGCCAGGUGACGUCUGCUCUGGAAGUAACGUCACUUGUUAUAAUAGAAUCUGCUCCUGUGAUGGGACAACAUAUGCCAAAGAUGGCCGCUGUGUGCCCCUUAUUGCACUUGGAGCAGCCUGUUUCUUUGGGGAUGAGUGUGUAUCCAGUGGAAUAUGUACGAAUGGAGUAUGUACAUGUCCAGAUGGAUUCAAGAAUGGAGGAGGCGUUUGUGUGGUUGCAGAAGCAGCUCUGGCCUCCCAGAAAUCAUUCUGGGAUGAAUGGUGGUGGCUUCUCCUCCUGGGCCUCUUGGCUCUGUUGUUAUUACUCUGCUUGUUAUGCUUGCUGUGUGCAUGGUGUUGUAGAAAGAGAAGACGGCGACAGAGAGAGAAAAAAGCAGCAAUGGAGUACAUAAAACACAACUCUCUGGCAAGAGAAAGUGCUUACAGUUUGAACGGUGGCUAUGGGGACAGCCGUCGUAUCUCAGAAGAAAUCCACCUAAAGGACAUGCCUCGCGUGUUAGACUUGAAUGGACAAGAGGUCCACAGCAUACACAGUAGCCUGAUAGAUGCCAGCUCAGACAGUGGCUAUCAUAAUGGAGUGAGAGAAAGCCGGAGGAUGUCUGAGGUCAGCCAGCUCAGUGCUGGAGGAGGCGGCAGUACUGGGUUUACUAAUGGCGGCUUUACUGCCAUCAGCGGCUAUCCCCAUGGGCGUAGAAUGUCUGAUGCAGGACAUUUAGAGGGCAGGCGCUACUCCCACCUUCAAGUGCCCACACAUCUGUAUGGAGCAAGAAGCCAUGAGGAUCUCCUGGGGCAUAUCGAAACCUCCUCAAUGUCUGGGAAUGCACAAAGGGCUUCAGGUGCACGUCGUCAGUCUGCUCUCAACGCUGCCCGCAGGAUGUCCACCUUGGAGAUGAAGCGUAAACAUGAGCUGAUGGGAGACGAGAAUGCCAGAAGUGGAAGUAUGAGCCUUGACAGACGCAUUUCAUUGGUCAGCACUAACUCUGCAGCGCCCUUGUUGUCAGCCAUCAACCACACAGCCAGAGCGUUUGGUGAGAUUACUGUGAUGCCAAUUGGGGACCAGCAUGCCCAUUCCCCCCAUGCUGAGGUGGUCCUGGAGGAAAGCGUAGCAUACAAUUCUUCCAGUCAGGGCUUGAUGCUGGACGCUGCAGAGAGCCAGUACAGUGCUGAGAGCUACGAGGCCCAGCAGCAGGGUUACGACAACCACCAUGCCUAUCUGGUCGGCCAGGGCGACCCGUAUGGAAGUCAGCACUUCUCUGGUGCAGACAGUUAUGGAAUGUAUGGAAGUUAUAAACAAUCUUAAGUCAGUUACUUGGCAGAUGUACAUUUUUUAUAUAUUAAGAACUCUGAAAAUCUCAUCUCAUAAGCUGCUUUCUGUUAUGUAAUCUUAUUAUGGAUACAUAUUUAAUUAAUAUUAUUUUAUUCCCUUUGAGUAGUUAAAAUUUCUAUGUAUUUAGAACAAAUUUUGAUGCAUAAUUGUCAUGCUGUUUUUUGUCUUCAUGGUAGCAUAUAAAAAUGGACAGAUGUUUAGAAUUUCACCAUCACAGCACUAUUUUUUGAAUUGAUUAAAAAAAAUUAAUCCCAAUUACGUAAUUAGUUAUAGAUGUAGCAUUGGUUGAAGUUUGGGUGAAAAUUAGGUUACUGAUCUUCUCCAUUUCAUAAUAUUCUCCCUUCACAUUUGUUUUUUAUUUAUUCAUAUCCAGAAAAAAAGCAAUCACACUAAUGUAUCUUUAGCUAGAUUGGUAAAAAUGGAAAAAUCAAAAAAUCAAUAUUAGUAAUAGUCUAUGGCAUAGCCCUAUUUGUAGAAAAUUGACCAUCAUUCUUAGUAAAUUGCAGCAAUAUGCAAUAAUUGUCUUAUUAUUAGCCUUCAACCAAGUGAUUUUAUCACUGCCAAAAAUAUGCUUUACAAUAGCAUCAAGAUUGGGACUCGGUUUGCUAUGUAUAUGAUGGAAUAUUAUAAUUGUAAGCCUAAAUUUUAUAGCAGAAGUAAUAAGGAAUCAUUACCAUGAUAUUUAUCAUUUGAUCAGUUUUUGUAUUUACAUUUUUGUGAAAGAAACUAAUCACUUUAGUGAAAAUUAAAAUUAUUUAUAUAUUACUGUAUGAAAAUUCAUUAUGUGAUUCUUGUAAGAAUCUCUUAAAAUUUUUUAUCAGAUUCGUUUGCAGUUUCUGUGAUAGAAGUUUCUUAUGUUUGAUAACUUCUAGCUUGAUGGUAAUAAAUGUAGCAUGUAGA